CUAUACUUCAAUACAAACGCCCAAAGUUGGAGCGCCCUAUGGCAGAUUCAUUCACUCGCUCCACCCGUAAAGCCUUCCUCUCGUAGCAGAGAGAGAGAGAGAGAGAGAAGAGAGAGAGAGAGAAAAAAGGGAUAGAAAUCAGAGUACGUCUCCUCAUUCAUCAACGACACAUCGAAAGAUGGGCCAUGGGACGAAGUGGAUGCACUACUGGAAGCAACUGAGCGCUGCGAACGUGCCCGCCGCCCUGAUAGAGAAGGGCCAGAACCGGGUCAUCGACGCUUCCCUCACUCUAAUCCGGGAAAGGGCCAAACUCAAGGGAGAGUUACUACGGUCCUUGGGUGGUGUUAAAGCUUCAACAUCACUUCUGGGAGUUCCACUAGGACACAAUUCCUCUUUCCUGCAGGGACCUGCUUUUGCUCCUCCUCGUAUUAGGGAAGCUAUCUGGUGUGGUAGCACCAAUUCUACUACCGAAGAGGGUAAAGAAUUAAAUGAUCCUCGUGUGCUUACUGAUGUUGGUGAUGUUCCUAUCCAAGAGAUACGUGAUUGUGGGAUUGAUGAUGACAGACUAAUGAAUAUCAUAAGCGAUUCCGUUAAGCUAGUGAUGGAGGAGGAUCCAUUACGACCCUUGGUUUUGGGUGGUGACCACUCCAUAUCAUUUCCAGUUGUUAGAGCUGUAUCGGAAAAGCUGGGUGGACCUGUGGAUAUUCUUCAUCUAGAUGCCCAUCCUGAUAUAUAUGAUGCUUUUGAAGGAAACAAAUAUUCACAUGCUUCUUCUUUUGCACGAAUAAUGGAGGGAGGUUAUGCCAGGCGCCUUCUUCAGGUUGGUAUUAGAUCAAUAACUCGUGAAGGACGUGAACAAGGGAAAAGAUUUGGGGUUGAGCAAUAUGAAAUGCGCACCUUUUCAAGAGACCGUCAUAUUUUGGAAAAUCUGAAACUAGGGGAAGGUGUCAAGGGUGUUUACGUCUCGGUCGAUGUCGAUUGCCUGGACCCUGCAUUCGCUCCCGGAGUGUCGCACAUUGAGCCAGGAGGUCUCUCUUUCCGUGAUGUGCUCAACAUUCUCCACAAUCUGCAAGCUGACAUCGUAGCUGCGGAUGUUGUGGAGUUCAACCCACAGCGUGAUACUGUUGAUGGAAUGACAGCAAUGGUAGCUGCAAAGCUGGUAAGGGAGCUUACUGCGAAGAUUUCCAGGUAGCAUGACCGUGCCACCCCUGUCCAUCACUUUCCACCACUCAAUACCUAAAAGCAAAGCUGGUAACUCUUCUAGGAUAGAACUGAUCUUGUGUUUAUUUUCGCUUGAACAUUAGUAGAACAGUUAGCAUUACCAGGCAGUAUUUUUAUCGUUGCUCGUUAGACCUCGAGUCCUUAAUAUAUAUUUUCAAAUAAAGCUGCACAAAUUUUAC